UCCCCAUUUACUCCCAACACCCAAAAAAACAAACUAAUCCAUUCAACAACCCUCUUUGGAGGAAAAGAGGAAGGUAUCCUUCUUUCCCACAGGGUAGGUUCCUUCUUCUUCUUCUUCCUCUCUCUCUCUCUCUCUCUCUCUAAACAAUCUUCAUUCAAGGAUAUUAUUGUAAUUUGAACAUAUAUGAGGACGUUGUGUCCGAAUUUCGACAAAGAAGAUGCGCUCGACACGGUGCUGGAGGUGCCCAUACCGGAGGAGAUGUUCACCAGCAUGGGCAACAGCGCGGCCUUGCGGUGGCAGAACAUGCGAUCGUGGAUGCGGGCUCAACGCUGUGAUAAGUUGAGUAAUUCGCACCUCGCCAACGGGGCCGGCAAUGACCAGUUUAUGCUUUUGCUUAAGCUUGUUGGAUCUCCUCUCAUUCCUUUUCAGGUCCAGGCUGACCAUACCAUGACUUUGCCUAUUAGAGAUGGCUCCAUUGAAGCCUCCACGGCAAAAUACAUAGUACACCAGUAUCUAGCAGCAACAGGGGGACAAGCCGCGCUUGAUUCACUCCGCAGCAUGUACGCAGUGGGGCAAGUGAAGAUGGUGUCGUCGGACAUCCACCAGGGCGGCGACAGCACGAACACGAAGCGCAACUGCGAAGUGGGCGGAUUUGUGCUGUGGCAGAAGAACCCGGACUUGUGGUUCCUUGAGCUAGUUGUCUCCGGUUGCAAGGUGAGCGCCGGUAGCGAUGGCAAGGUGGCGUGGAGUCAGUCCUCCUCGCAGCCUUCCCAGGCCUCCAGAGGCCCUCCAAGACCCCUCCGGCGCUUCUUUCAGGGCCUGGACCCAAGAUCAACAGCAAACCUCUUCUCAAACGCGGUAUGCAUCGGCGAAAAAUCCAUAUCCAACGAAGAUUGCUUCACCCUGAAGCUCGAAACCAGCACGGAAGUCCUCAGGUCCCAGAGCACCCCGAACACCGAGAUCGUCCACCACACCAUCUGGGGCCACUUCAGCCAGCGAACCGGGCUCCUGAUCCAGUUCACGGACUCGAAGCUGGUCCGGAUGAAGGCGUCGAAGGGCGACGAGAGCGUGUUCUGGGAAACCAGCAUGGAGUCCCAGAUCGAGGAGUACAGGUACGUGGAAGGGAUCAACAUCGCGCACAGCGGGAAGACAACGGCGACCAUCUUCCGGUACGGGAAGUCGUUGAGCAAUCACCGGGCGAAGGUGGAGGAGACGUGGAGGAUCGAGGAGGUUGAUUUCAACAUUGUUGGGUUAUCGUUGGAUUGCUUCUUGUCUCCUGCUGAUGUCAAGAAUGAAGAGCAAGGGAUGAGCUAGAGAAUUUUCGAGUUACUGUGCAAAGUGUGCGGGCAGCACAAAUUACAGAUUCUGGUUGGUUAGAACCUUUCUUGUAUGAUAAUGCGGCUAUAAUUGUACGAGAACAGAGGUGCAUAGUCAAAUGGAGGCAGGUGAUCCGGUACCGAUGAGCUAGCGUGUUUUCGGAAGGUAGAAGUUUGUGCACACGGAUUUUGGUAUACGAAUGCAAAUGCAGAUGUGUUCGAAACAGUCCGAUAGCUGUAGGCAUCACCAAAUAGUGAGAGGUCCUGUGCAAGUGUCAAUUCAAGAAAUGUGUAUGUAUCUGCGUAUUAAAGUCUGUGUAUGUAAAACAGAUAUCAAAAAAACGAAAGUCUAUUGGAAGUUGCUUUCUUUUUGGUCUUUUUAGAUAGGUGGAUAGAUUGAAUUAAAUUAUUUUUCCUUGAAUCAAAAAAUGUGAUGGAGCAAUUUUCUUGCUAUUCUUUCUAUGGAUUUAAUGGAUUUAUGAGAGGUCACUGUGCAUGAG